AUGCAUAUGAAACUGGAUGUAAAAUACGUAAUAAAACUAAAAAAGGAUACGUCAUUCGUAUUUUUUCUAGAAAUGGAUCCUAUGGCAGAGCGCAUUGCAAAAUUAAGAGAAGAAAGACGCGAAAGGGAAAAGGCGCGAAUUGAGAAGUUACGAGAGUUAAAUCUGAAGAAAUACAACCAGGAACCAUCUAAAAAUACACCUGCAAAUGUAAGAAAUGUUUCCAAAAAUAUGGCCAAGAACCAUGUUCCUUUAGUCUCUAAAAUCAAUAAUAGUGCACCCCAGAGUAAAACUGAAAGUAAGGAGAAUAGAGCUAAAAGUGCUCCUACACACAGAAAUAAUCCUAUCGCAAAUAAGAGUGCAAGAAAACCUCUUGCUGUGUCUUCAGAUCAAGGCCCUAUAAGGGGACCGUCACAAUUGUUUAAUAAUCAAAAGAAAACAACUGACCGGAAAACGUCUUUUAUAAAUUUUAACAAAACAAACCUACAUCCUAAAUUUGAAAGAAAAUCACUUGCUCCUACCAAUAUUAAAAGCACAACAUUAACUAAUAAACAGAAGCCAAAACUGAGUACUGCAUCAAAUGUGUCCGUGUUUGAACGUCUGUACAAGCCUAAAAUGACUCAAAAUACAAACACAACUAAUGUCAAUAGACGUCACACAGUCUUUAACAACAAACCGGAACAUAAAGUGCCUGUUCGAAGAUCUAUUUCAGCGGUUCACCUCAAACGGGUUAACAAGAGUGAACUAGGCAACUGCAUUCAUAAAUGGUCUUCAAGUGUUGAUAAGUUGAAUAUUAUUGACAUCAAGGAGGUCAAUGAAGAUGAAACUGUGAACGAUGACAAAGUGGUGUCAGCAAUCAAAAGUGAACGGAAGAGAGUUACUUUUAUGACUCCCUGUACAAACUUUAAUACUCCUAGACAGGAGGAAUUGCAGGCUAGAUUGAAAGCUUGGCUUCACAAACGAGGAAAAUCCAUGGACUCGUACCAUCAUCUACAAUGUUUUGGUCUUCACCACUUACCAUACAGUUUGAAGUUUGAUCCUACGUUGUAUAAGGAUGAAAAUAAAGAGAACGUUUUUGAAGAAUCUGAUUCUGAUGAUGAUUCUUAUACUGAGAAUAUGAAUGAUGAAAUGGAGAAUAAGAACAAGUGGAGAAGGGCUAGCAUUGCGAGCGAUAGUGUUGAUUUAAGUGAGUCACAGAAUACUACUACUACUAAUAGUGAUGCUAUUAUUAAUACCGAUGAAAUUGUUAUUGGGGCGUUGAAUGACCUCACCGAGUUAUUAAAGGAGGGCUUCGAGUGGAUGCAGUGCGCGCGCUGGCUGCGCGCCGUGCGCGAGCGCUUCCCGUCGGUGCAGCGCCGCGCCGCCUACUGGGAGUGUCGCGCCGCGCUCGAGGAGCGCCGCGGGGACCUGCCCGCCUCGCUCAAGUGCUGGGAGGAAGCCAUCGCACAGGGCACCGAGCAUUCCGUGGCGGAGGCCAAUUUGGAUCAUCUGCUGGACAAGUUUAUGCAACUCCAGAUUAGCCCCAACGGUGAGAAGAGCCAGAGGGUUGAUGCUAAGUACGUAGACGUCAAAAAUGUGUUCAAAAGUUCCAUUAUUAGAUUUGCAGUACAGCGGGGAAAAUUCCGCCUGUCGAGCCAGGAGGCGGUCUCGGACGGCGCUCGCUGCAGCCUGACCCCGGUGCGGCGCAGCGCGCGGCUGAGCUCGGCGCGAACGCCGCUGCAGCUGUGCUCCAGCGUGGCGCACGCGCCCAGCCACGCCGUGUUCGUGCCCAACCCGCACCUCUACACCACGCCCUGA